GGCGGCAUCGUCAUCAGAUGAGGCCUCCUUUUCCGUCCCCUUGGCAGAAAAUUGAUUAUGUUGAUGGCGAGGCAGCUUCUUGUUGGUCAGCUCUGUCUGGUGAUUGGCAGUGGCUGUCUCUGGAUCAACGAUUGGCACCACAUAGACGUCCCGGACUGACGGGGACAGACAGUUGGACAGCAAACUGACAGCGCCAACCGACUGCGAGCCCCAGCUCCAGCCCCAGCUCCAGCCCCACGUCCAGUCUUCCAUCGAGGUCCCUUUGUCGGUGGAAAGUGCAGCCGGACAUACCACAGGCUUCUCCCAGCUGUCAGUCCGAGGCACUUUACAUAACAUAUUCUCCUACGAGCAUGAUUCAAAUAAAAGGUACCCCAAUCGCAAAGCAGGCCUCGAAGUAGGCCUUUAAUUGGACGUUACAGGAACCCCACCCGUUCGUCAUAAACAGUCGGGCUUUGGAAGGAAGCACAUCUCGAAAAAAAAAAUUAAAAAAAAAUCUGUAAAAUCGUUGUGAAAAAAGUAAAAAUGUCAGAUGUGAAAAUAAAAUUCGAUUGGUGCAACGCCAGUGUGGAUCAGCCCAUGCCACAGGCCUUCAAGGAGAAGGAGGUGGCCAAGGCCGGCUGCCACACCCCCCGGGUCUACCGCUUCAAGGACAUCUACGAGGGCAAGAGGAAGCAGCAGCUGAGCAAGUGCCUCGAGGCGGAGCGCAAGCAGCGCGAGUUCCACAGCCGUCCAGUGCCCAACUUUCCCCAGAUCCACGAGCGCCAGGCGGCCAAGCCCGUCGUCCACCGUGUCACCCAGCCGGUCACCCCCAACGUGCUCAAGAACUCUGCUCCGGCGGAGAUGAGGCGCCGCCAGCGGCUGGAGUUUGAGUCCUCGCGUCCAGCUCUGAAGCCUCUGCCCAGCAACUUCAAUGCCCAGACCUCGCAGAAGCAGGAGGCCCGUCGCCAGCAGCAGGAGGAGCAGCGCCUCCGUAAGGAGCGUGAGGACUACCAGAAGCACCGCCAGUUGACCACGUUCCGGGCUAGUCCCAGCCCGUUCAGCACUACGCCACGUUAGUGGGGAGUGGCCUUCCUUUUUCCCGUCAUCCCUUUGCCCCUUUUUCAAUUUUGUUUUGUUUCUUUGUUUUUAAAUUGUUGUUCAAAUUUGUUUUGUUGUUCGAAGAAAUUAAAUUACUAUAAUCAGCACAGACGUA